GUUACUGAAAGUUUCAUUUUCAGUAAGUUUAAAAACAGUAGCUUGCGUCACUGCCCUCGUGUGACGAGAGAAUCACAACCGUUUAUCCGACCAAUCGGACGUGGUUGUUGCAGUAACCUCAUCAGCCCACCGCUACACAACUCUCAUUACUAAGCUGCUGCAGUUGGAAUGGAUGCGGGCUGGAAACAGAUGAGAGACUUUAGGGAGAACUUGGAAAGAGUUAGGGUAAUAAGUCUUUACAUCUUCUUUCGAACAUGUUAAAGUUUACGAUAACUUUUACUCGUCUGAGUUGUUGCUGAACGACAGACGCAAACGCAUCUCAAGCUCACUGACUCUGGACUGCGUCUGGCGAAAACUUGAUACUUUGAAGCAACAUUGAAACUUUUCAGGAUUGGCUCGUUAUGGCCAUCCUUGAUCAGCUGUUGCUUUUUAAUGGCACCUUAGUGACUUCAAGUCACAAACUAUGACAUGAUAUGAAACCAUCAAGGAGUAGCCCAGUUUUGACGCAGCGUGAUGGAAUCGCAAAAGCCCAUAUGAAGUCUGACAUUUUUAAGAUUCAUUCUUCGUGGAAAUGGCAAGUCGUGCCAUAUUGAUGGGGCGCGUAUCAGUUUUGAUAUGCGGUGUAUUCCUCCUAAUCGUCGGUCUGUGUGUCGGAUCUCCUAACCACAGUCGUCGGCUGGUCUGCUGGAAAGCCAUCCUGAAGUGCCAUGGAGAGCCAGAGUGCCAUUACGCUUACGAUCAGUACCUUUAUGCCUGCGCGUCUGUCAUCAGCGGGGCACGCAAGAAGUGUCCCAGUCACUGCAUAUCCUCUCUCAUUCAGCUUAAUCAAACCCAGAGCGGCCCGGCUCUGGAGGACUGCGACUGCGCCCUGGACCCGGUCUGCAGUGGCACCAAACAAGCCAUCGAGCCGUGCCUUCCGCGGACCAGCAUCAUGGGCUGCACCGAGGCCCGACUGCAGUGCGAAUCGGACCUGUCGUGUAGCUCUGCCAUGAGGGAUUAUUUAUUUCACUGUCGAAAACUUUUCGGAGGGGAAAGGUGCUCGGAUGGUUGCCGCAGAGUGAUAGCCAACAUGCGCACCAUACCAAAAGCGCAACAGCUAGACACUUGUGUGUGUGAUGGCACGGAGAGGAACAUAUGCGAGUACAUAAAAGUCAGCAUGAAAACUUUCUGCUCUGAUUCCAGCGACAGGUUCGCAGGAAGCGGCUUUUCAGACUCUGAGGAGGAUUCUGACGAUGAUUAUAUCGAGGAUUAUUAUCCAUCCUAUGUGGAAAGCUCAAGCGACUCCCCACCUUCUCAGACUGUGCUAAAAGUCUUGACCACCAUCUUGGUUUUAACCAAAUUUAUCUGAAAAGCUGCUGCCAUUGUGGCAAAAGCAGCCAGAGAGUCAGUGGUCCUGUUUAGUGAAAUCAACUCACCUCACUAGAAUCUGUCUGCUUUCUUGUAAUCAGCCAUGUUUUAGUCUUUAAAAUAAUACAUUAAGUUCUACCUAAACUUUCUGCUACAGAUCUGCACAAACUGAAAAGGUUAUAACACAUGUAGCCUAUUAGUUAUAUUUCAGUUACACGUUCAAAAAUGUUCUGAUCAUGUUGAAGGAGCUUAUUUUUGUAUGUCAGCUAUAUAAAGGUAAAUUGUACAGUAUAUUGUAUGAAAUUAUUUUUGUCUAAAUAUUUGUUUAUCAUUGAUAAGAGAUUUGCACUGUAUGAAUAGAUGAGUCUCACUCUUUUACUGCAUUAUGGCCACAGAGGAAGGAAAAACAUGUUGUGUCUUAAAAGUCUUUAUACUGUUUUUAUUCACCAUUAUGUGACUAUAUCAGAGGCAGGCUGUCUUUACCAGCAUGUACAGAGAGUUUAUCCACAACCCUUUCAUUAAAAACCAAAGUUGAUGUAAGUAAAUGUGUCUAAAUCCGAGGCCAGAUGAUGCAUCUGAGGAAAAAAAAAGAAAGAAAGCUCUUAGAGUGAUACACUUGACCUUGUAAACAUGGAUGUUUGUUUUAGGUAUAUGGUGUUAAUUCUGGAAAACUGUUCAAACACACAGAGAGAAAGGUAAACCCCUCCUCUUGGGGAUUUGCAGCACAAAUGGAGCAAAGAAGCGUUGGGUCAGUUUGUUUAUCCUCGCCCCUUGUGUUUGUUAGACGUCUUCACAAAGACAGACUGAGAAGAAGAAAAAAAAAAAGAGGUCUGUGUCCGGGUGAGUGGAGAUAUUAACGUGCCCAUUGUGAACACACUCUUCUGAAUGUACAUGCACAUUAAAUAAAUAAGAGUUUUUAAUAGGA